AUGCCUUGGGUGUGGGCAGAUGGGCUCCAACUACGCCAUGAUGACCCUACGUCACCUUGCUCUUUGACUUCGUUGGACUUUUCAUCUAGCGAAGAAGUUCCUCUAGCUUCAUCAGCUUUUCGGUUCGGAGAAGCUGACAAUCCUGGUCCUGUGGACUGCCAUGAUGAUGAUGAGGUGAGGGCACAUUUUGGUGCCCCAGUAUGUUUUCGCAGUAACUCCAUGCAGGCUGGCACUUGGAGUGGAGUUGGCAUCCUUAGCGACUUCCCUUCUCGGGAAAUCACUCUUUCAUGGAAGAAUGGGGAGCGCUCUUCUGGAAGAUUGAUGGUUACCAGACACCUUGUCAACAACAUGCCGUUUUUGGUGGCAGCGUGUUAUGGUUUUCCUGCUGGUCCAACUUGGCCUGAUAGCAAGCGAUUGACCAAUCAACUUGUGGCUACUUUGUCGCAAGAUUUGGUGGUGGGUGGCACUGGACCACGUAUCAUUGCGGGCGACUUCAAUUGCACUAGCCAGCAACUGGAUGAGUUCAAGCUGUGGGAAAGCUACGGAUGGUGUGAAGUACAACAACAUGCUCACCAUUGUUGGCAGCAACCCAUGGUCCCCACAUGUAAGGGCUCCACGAUUGUUGACAUGAUGUGGAUGUCCCCAGAAGCAGCCAGAAUGUGCACCUACGUGGGCCACACCCAACUGUUUACGGACCAUGUCACUCUUUUUGCUGACUUUGCGGUCCCACAGAAGAUCACCAACAUUUUGACUUGGCCACGCCCAACCUCGAUACAGUGGGACAAGAUCAACCAAGAGACCUGGCACUACAAUUUGGGCCGCUCUCCAGCUCCUGAAGAGGUCGCCAGUUCAUCCACGCAGUUCUUUUCAGAAUGGGCACAUCACUGGGAGACGGCACUAGAUGGGUGUGUACAAGAUCAACCAAAUGGUCAUCUACCGCACACCUUCAGAGGGCGUGCCAGACGUACCCAACCGCUGAAAGCAUCGCUAACUUCACCGGUGUCAAAACCUUCACGACAAGGCGAAGUGCAGCUUCGGUCAGACUUUGUUUCUGCCCAAGUCCAGCUAUGGUUCAAGCAGCUGCGAAGGCUACAGAGCUACAAGCAUGCAGCUAUUGCCAAUAAACAGACGCUGGACGCUGAGGUCUAUCGGCUCAACUUGUGGACAGCCAUCAAGAAAGGACGUGGAUUUGAUGGUUUUUUCAAUGAAUGGUGGUUGCGAAGGAGAAAGAGAUCACCUGCCGCACCUGACAGUCUUCCACAUGCACCACCUGAUGGCUUCAUUGCGGAGCAGAUCUUUUUGGAUUUCAAGCAAAACUUUGAGGCUUUUGAGCAGUGGCAUUGUCGACAACGUCGAAAGCUGCUGCAAUUGAAAUACGACCAAAGCUGCCACAGACUGUUUCAUGAACUGCGGCCCCCCAAGCGCGACCAAUUGGAUCUUCUUUGGCACACCAAAGAUUACACAAUCUUGGCGGUGGACCAGGCCUCGCAUCAGAUUCAUGUGGACCAACCAGUACACGACCUCACUGGGUGUGUUUGGUUUAUCAACAACAUGCAGGUGGAAGUUGAGUCAGCUGAUGAGGAUGUGCUUGGACUUCAUGCUCUUCCUCAUCAGGUUGAACCAGGUGACUUGCUACAAUGCCACCACUAUUUUUCUGAAGUUGAACAAGUGCAUCAAGCCUUGGUUGAUCUUUGGAAGCCGCGUUGGCAGCAGGCCAGUUUGGUGGGAACUGAACAGUGGAACAGAAUUAUGGGAUUCAUUCAGGCAUACAUGCCACGCCUGCAAUUCCCUGCGCCUGAUAUUUCACUUCAAAGCUGGAGGACAGCCCUGACUCAUUUUCCAGCCAGACCUGCCAGAGGAGUCGAUGGAAUCGAUGUGGCAGACCUGAAACAACUGCCAGACAGCAUCACUUCCAACCUUUUGACUUUCCUGGCGCGGAUCGACGGUGUGGAGAAACCCUGGCCAGCUCAGCUGCUCUAUGGGACAGUGAUUAGCUUGGCCAAACUAGACCCAGCGCAUUUGCCCAGUCAUUUCAGACCUGUGGUCAUUUUGGGGACAGUAUAUCGAACAUGGUCCAGGAUGAAUGCGCUUCCACUUCUUGGCAUUUUUGGACAGAUUGUCCCUGCAUGUGCCCAUGGUUUUUUGCCUGGCCGUGAAUGUGCACAAAUUUGGUUGCAACUCCAAGGCUUCAUCGAAGUCUGUCUACAACAGGGCAUUGAACUUUCUGGAUUUAGCACUGACAUUGAGAAAUGCUUCAACAAUGUGGGACGUGACUCCUUGAUGGCGCUUGCGGGUCACAUUGGCAUCAGUGACUCCCUCUUGAAACCAUGGAGGGCGUUCUUGGAUGGUUUUGUCAGAUCAUUUCAGAUCCAGACAGCUUUGAGUCAGCCUGAACGCAGUACACAAGGACUGCCUGAAGGGUGUUCGCUCUCAGUGGCAGGCAUGGUGCUCAUAGACUGGGCUUUCCAUGUCUAUAUGGCUGCUCUGGCCCCUUCAGUUCAUGCUUUUUCAUAUGUGGACAAUGUUUCAGAAGCCGGACAUGAAGUGAUGAGCGUGGUUUCCAGCUUUUUCUCCACCAUCUGCUUCUUUCAACUUUGGGGUCUUCUGUUGGACUUGGGGAAAACCUACUUUUGGAGCACUUCUCCUUCUUCCCGGGCCAUUUUACGUAUCCUGGGUUUGACUCUGCAGUGCGACGCUUUGGAGCUUGGUGGUAGCAUGACGUAUGAUGCUGCUCGCAGAAAUCGGCAGCUACGACACAGGGGUGACAAACUCACAGAUAAGUGGGACAGACUCAAACGAAGUCCAUGUCCACUCUCACAGAAGUACAUGGUCCUUCCAAUGGCUUUUUGGUCUUCAGCUCUUUAUGGAGCAGCUUCAUGUCCCCUGGCAGAUAACUAUCUGCAUCAACUUCGACAAGCCGCCAACAGGGCGCUUCGCUGCAAGCAUGCAGGAGCUAAUGCCCUUUUGCGAUUCUCCUUAAGUGACAAGAUGGACGCAGACCCAGGUUUUUUCCAUUUGGUUUCAGUUAUCCAGACAUUUCGAAGAGUUUGUGGGCGUUCUCCUCGAGUUUUGGAUUGCUGGCGCCUAUGGCAAGCUUCCUAUGAUGGUCGCAUUACCUAUGGUCCAUUUGGCGUGCUGCUGGAGGUGUUGAAUAAGGUGGGCUGGAGCGUCGGAGUACCUCCGAUGGUGACAGAUUCAAAUGAGCAUUUUCAUGACCUGCUUUUGACUCCAUGGAUGCUUCUACGACAUUUGCUGGAAGAUGCGUGGCUUUGCUAUGUAGGCAGCACCUUGACGCGUGCCUCUAUGCGAUCAUUGGCCGGCAUUGACUGCUACGUGGUGAAAUGGGGCAAUUCCACUCUGACUCCGUUAGAGCGCUCGCUGCAGUCUGCUCUGCAGUCAGGAGCUUUUAUGGAUGCAUGGACUCAAGGCAAGUUUGAUGUCACCAAACAGACUUUUUGUAACCAAUGUCACUGUCCCCAAACUCAGGAACAUGUGUUGGUUUGCCCGAAAUAUAGGGACUUAAGGGAUCAGUUUUCUCUCACCGAUGAGCUUGAGCAACUUCCGCGGCAUCUCGCUUUGCACCUUCUCUGCCAGAGAUCGCCGUGGAUUGAUGAUCUUCGAGCUUAUUUCCUUGGUCUUCCUGACAACACUGAGGAUUUUGUUUCCGCCCCUUUUGGUUCUGGAACUCAGCAUCUUUUUACAGAUGGAAGCCAUACAGCCGACGGACGUUUUGAGACACGACGUGCCGCAUGGGGGCUUCACAACGCUACAAGUUCUAGGCCUAUUGGCUCAGGGCACCUCGCGGGAUUGCCUCAGACGAUAGCCAGAGCCGAGCUUACGGCCGUCAUUGCAGCUCUUCGAUGGUCUUUGCUUUGGGGGGUACAGGUGCACAUUUGGCUGGAUGCGCUUGAGAUCCAGAAAGGUUUGCAACGAAGACUGGAUGGAUACUGCACUUCGCUAGAUGAACGCAAUGCUGACCUUUGGUUCAUCGUUGAUGAUCUUCUGGCACGGGUGGCAGAUAACCUGGUCUCAGCCACUUGGAUCCCCUCCCAUCUGGACUUGAUGAAAUGUGAAUCUCCGUUUGAGGAUUGGAUCGCUACCCACAACGGCAUCGCAGAUUCACUUGCCGUUAGUUGCAAUGCUGAUCGGCCACGCCGCUUUACCCAGCUGUUGGCGUUUCAGAAGAAGUGGGAUGAGAGACAUGUCAGUCUGCUGCAGAAGCUUCGAAAGUUUUACUUUGCGAUGUUUGAACGAGACAAAACCUCCAAGCGUACUUCUGUUAGCGUCCUGAUCGAAUCCAGUGACGAGGAAAGUGAGAGUCGUUUGUAUAGUUUUCUAGAUACUCUUUCAACUGCCAUGGAUCCUGAUCAUUUUGUACAGCAUUUAGGAUACCCAGUUGAAUUUCUGCAAUCUUUAUUGGUUUGGCUUCGAGCACACGAGAUCCACGAUCAAGUUGCUGUUCCUGUUAGUUUUCUUGAGAUCACUUUUGGGGUUUUGAAGAUUGCUCCGGUGCAGUUCCCGUUUCGAAAUCCCACGACGGGGAACUGGACUCUUAUGGACCGCAGAUCUCAGUUCGUAAGGCCAACUUUGACUCAUUUUUAUGGAGUCAUUCAGAAGGUGUUUCGGUAUCUUUGCCGGCACUGGUGUGAUGGCACUCCCUUGUGCAAGAAUCUCAACAGAUCAGCACUGGGGGUGACCAUUCCUUUAGAAGGAGUUUGCUUGAGGCUGGCGCCAGACAUUCUGGCAAGUGUACAUGAAAGCCUAAGCAUUUUCACUCGCCCGAGGCCAAUCCGGCGCUCCUGCGAUUUGGCCAGACCAGUGGCUUAGACCUGCAGACCUG